CCCUCAUCGCGGUAAGCUGAGACUAGAUCAACGGUUGAACGGUUGCGUAGGAGUUAGGCGAUGUCGGCUUUAACAAGCCAACCGUGAAAACGUCAACAAAGAUCAACACAAGCGAAAAACAAAACAAGGCAGACAGCAAACACCGCCCACCAAUAGAGACGUAACGAUAUGAUCUUGCCGACUGUUCUGUUUGCCUGCUUGUCCCUUCUAGCUGCCAUUGCAUCGUUGAACAGCUUCAUCACCUUCCGAUCACAGCCGAGUCUGGCGUUCACCGUCGUUGAGGUGCUUGCCAUAUACAUCCCAAUAUCAAUCGUCUUCCUAUUGCCCAUUGACAUUCUAUCUUCGAACGACGAUGGUGACGGGCCACAUAACGUUUUCUUUGUUGAGCCUAAGAACGUGCUGAUAUUUUGGAAGCUGGACUACUGGAGCGCCUUCGUACUCAUGUGGUUGUUCCUACCGCUCAUACAGGAGUACUAUCGCUCCGGUGAGUUUACGCCAAUGGCGAAGCUCAAAGAUUCUAUCAAGUCGAACAUCAAGUUCCAGCUGAUAGUUGGAGGUAUAGGAGGUGUGGGCCUUAUAUACUUCUUUGUGCAAUACGGAUUCAACUUCCAGUCUUUUAAGGACUUGUUGAUUGCGCUGUCCCACACUUAUUCCUUGGUGUUGUCUCUUUGGUUGAUGUCGUAUGGCUUGAUCAGCGUCCCAAGGAGACUAUGGAACAAUAACGUGAAUCUUGCUCAUCAAUUGGACCAUCUGUACAUUGAAAUGCCCAAGCUGUACGAUGAACUGAACGAUUCGUCUUAUAACUACAAGGAUAUCUGCUCGAUCAUAAAGUCUUGUGAACAAAUACCUGGGAUUGAGCAGAGCGUGUUCAAGUUUGAGAUCCAAGAGUUAUCCAAGCAGGUUCCACCAGAUCUAAACUUGGGGAACCACGUGAGAAGCACACAGUAUACGUCGAUUCAACAACUAAGUCAUGUAACUCUGGCAAAGCUUCAAAGAACUUUGAAACAAGAGACGACAAACUACCAAUCCGCACAGUUUGAAUUUGAAAAGGCAAAGGAAAGGUGUAUUCAACUACAAGAUAUAGUUGAUUCUAAAUCAACUGGCUCUCUCCGUUUCAGAAUCGGCACAAACAUUAUAAGAAAUGAAAAGGUGAACUACGCCAUCCACGUCUAUGCUUUGCCAAUCCUGAGAAUAGCAUUUGCUCUAGUGCUCUUUGCGUUAUCAUUCAUCGUCAUUGAAAGUGAGUUACUCCACUCCACUAGGUUCUCCAUAAUCAAUAUCAUUCUGGUCUCUGGGAAAUUGUCAUCAACUGUUAAAUUGAUCUUUUCAUCAACGGUAUUGGCAUAUAUGGUAUUCUGUGCAUUGAUUUCCUUGACGAGGAUCAAGAUUUUCAAAGUGUACCAUCUUUUCCCAAAGUACUCUAAUCCAGUAAGCGUUGUGUUCUUUACAAUGUAUUCAAACAGAUUGACGGUUCCCUUGUCUUACAACUUUUUAACUUUGCUUCAAUCUCAAAGGGUUCGUUCGGUGUUCAACGAUUUCCUUGGAGCAUCUAUCAACUUGAGCGUUCUUGGUGGGUUCUUUAACAGUACUUUGCCAAGGCUCAUCAUCAUUCCAAUCCUAUUUGCAUCGUUUAACGUCUUUGAUAAAAUUAAGAAAAAAUUGUGGUUUGACUACUUCGAUGCAUUUGACAGUGAUGACGAAGAGGGUCAUAAUGAAAGUGUUCAGUCCAGGAAAGAUACAUUAAUAGCUGAUGGUAAGGGUAUAAUCCAAAGGGAGCUCGGGGCAAAUUCAAUUGGACGUACAGCCAUGAGUGGUUUAUCCUAUCCAGAAUUGAUUACAACUCCACGACCAAAUGAAAGUUCAUCAACAGCUAAGGAUGAUCUACUAGAGUCAGAGAACUUUGACAACGCUGAGACUUCAGCUACAUCUGAGGGGUUCUUUUCAAAAGUGAAGGGAUUUCUCAACCGUAGUGGAUCAAGUAAUGCUACACUGCACAUUGGAAAUGACGAUAUUAUAUAAGUCAAUUUU